CUUGGUAACUGAAGGGAACGCCGAAAAGUUAGCAAGAUAGCAAUACAGCGAAUUUGAAGAGGAAAACGGUUAAAACUGUCUGUUGUCCGUCAUGGGAGAGACAUUCUCUAGGGCAAUUCAGUGGAGUUCUGAUGCGGAUAAACUCGAGAACAACCCUCUGAAUAAUGACAUACUGACUGAAAUCCUGCUCUUCACGGAGGACUUCGACGACAGAUACCCACAGGAGGCCAGGAUUCUAUUCAGGGAGCCUUUACAGUGGAAAACAUCUCUAGAAGCGGCUGAUUUCACAUCAGAUAUAUAUGACACCAGAGGUGAAUCAGCUGUGUCCUUGGAAUGUGAUGAUAAGGGAAGUCCCCUUCUCCAACUGAGUCCACCUGACAUCACAGUGCACUCAUUUUACCAUCUCUCUAACCUUUUGCAACUAAGCACAGAUAAAAAGAUGAAGGAGAUCCGGGCCUGUUUGGAAGUUAACAGGGAGCCAAUAAAGAAGAUCUUUGGGCCCAUCUCUCCCACAAUACACGAAGACAAGCUAUUCAGCAUCCUGCAUCAGCUGGACAAGAAGCUGUUAAGUAUUGCUGUCAGACCGAUCACCGGAGAGGGCAGGCUAAGCCCAGCAGCUGUUAAUACAGAGGUAGAUCUGUUGAAGAGAUUCUGUGGAACAGGAGAAAACCGGGUGCUGAAGUCUGUGAGCUACACAUCAGAUUACGUGUUCUCCAAUGGUUGUCGUUCUCCACCGUGGAGGCAGAUGGAUGGAGAGAUCUGCUCCCUUAUAAUUGAGACCUGUGACACAGAGCCCACACUGUUCAUCACUUACAGUACAAGCGGAGUUUUCUUUGAUGAGAGAAUCAAUGGAGAAGGAGGUGUAAACUACUAUAUGAGAAAAAGUGAACUCUACAAAGACAUUAAUACGCUUCUGAAAAACAUGUCUCCCCAUUUUGCUGCGGCUGCUAAUGAACAGGACUUUGCCAUUCAAGAUGUGCCAUCCGCUAAAAAGAUCUUACAUGUGGAAACAGUUGAUGUUGAGGAAACAGGCCAAACCCUGAAGUCUUACGACCAUGAGGAAAAAUAUGUGCCUGAGAAGGCGAGACAACAGCUUGCGCGGAACAAGCUGAGCGGUAGGAAGAAGAAAUUAGAACCAUCCUUGAAAUGGAAGAACCUCGGCCUCGCGUCUUCUUAUGAGUAAGUGAUAAUUCCCAUAUGUGUGUGUAUGCUCAGUAAAAGCCCAGGAGGAGCUGAUGACUUCAGUGAGAGUUCAACAGAGGAUGAGGAAGAUGAGGAACAGCCUGAAAGACGUGCCGAGAUGCCCACCGACCUGCCCUCUGAAUACUGGCAGAUCCAGAAACUAGUCAAAUACUUAAAGGGGGCUAAUCAGACAGCCACAGUGAUUGUGUUGUGCGCUUUAAGAGACUUUAACCUGGUCCAGGAGACGUGUCAGCUGGCUAUCAGAGACGUGGGGGGGCUGGAGGUCCUCAUCAACCUGCUUGACACAGAUGACAUCAGAUGUAAAAUUGGUUCUUUGAAGAUCUUGAAGGAGAUCAGUUGUAACUCUCAGAUUCGGCAAACCAUCGCUGAUCUGGGUGGUUUGCAGACCAUGGUGUCCAUCCUGGACUCUCCUGACAAAGAGCUGAAGUGCCUGGCUGCAGAGACCAUUGCCAAUGUGGCCAAGUUCAGACGGGCCCGCAGGACGGUCCGACAACAUAGUGGCAUCAAGAGACUGGUGGAGUUGUUGGACUGCGUGCCUAAUGGUGUGUGUCUGAGUGCGGAGCAGGAGAGGGACGCAGAGGUGGCGCGCUGUGGGGCUCUGGCUCUUUGGAGCUGCAGCAAGAGCACCAGGAACAAGGAGUCUAUCCGUCGGGCCGGAGGAAUCCCUCUGCUUGCCCGGCUGCUCAAGUCAUCACAGAAGAACAUGCUCAUCCCUGUGGUGGGAACCCUGCAGGAGUGCGCUUCUGAGAAGAGCUACAGAAUUGCUAUACAGACUGAGGGCAUGAUUGAGGAUCUGGUGAAGAACCUCAGCUGUGACAACCAGGAGCUCCAAAUGCACUGUGCCAGCGCUAUCUUUAAGUGUGCAGAAGAUAAACAUACCCGUGAUUUGGUGCGGCAGUACGACGGACUGAAGCCACUGGUCAUGUUGCUCAACGAAGCUGAAAACAAGCAGUUACUAGCUGCCACGACUGGAGCCAUCUGGAAAUGUUCCAUCAGCUUGGAAAAUGUAGCUAAGUUUCAAGAGUAUAAGGCACUAGAAAUUCUGGUAGGUCUGCUCAAAGACCAACCUGAAGAGGUACUUGUUAAUGUAGUGGGUGCAUUGGGAGAAUGUGCCCAAAUAUCGGAGAAUCUUGCCACUAUCCGCAAAAGUGGUGGUAUCCAGCCUUUGGUCAGCUUACUCACCGGCACCAACCAGGCCCUUCUGGUCAACGUCACAAGGGCCGUGGGAGCCUGUGCCACUGACCCUGAGCACAUGGUGAUAAUCGAUCGUCUUGAUGGUGUACGUCUUCUUUGGUCUUUGCUGAAGAACCCCAAUCCAGAAGUUCAGGCCAGUGCUGCCUGGGCCAUCUGCCCCUGCAUUGAGAACGCAAAGGAUGCUGGAGAAAUGGUGCGUUCCUUUGUGGGUGGUUUGGAGCUCAUUGUUAACCUGCUAAAAUCACAGAAUAAAGAUGUGCUGGCCAGUGUUUGUGCAGCCAUUGCCAAAAUUGCUAAAGAUGUGGAGAACCUGGCAGUUAUUACAGACCAUGGUGUGGUUCCCAUGCUGGCCAAUCUCACCAAUACUGGGGACGAUAAGUUACGGCGGUACCUGGCAGAAGCCAUCGCCUGCUGCUGUAAGUGGGGGAGUAAUUGUGUAUCAUUUGGGGAAGCUGGAGCUGUAGCCCCACUGGUACACUACCUUCGAUCAAAAGACCCUUCGGUGCACCAAGCGACAGCCCGGGCUCUGUUUGAGCUGUCUAAAGACCCUAACAACUGCAUCACAAUGCAUGAAAACAGAGUAGUCAAGCUCCUGCUCAUCAUGAUCGGAUCCACGGAUGAGAUUCUGCAGGAGGCAGCAGCCAGCUGUGUGGCCAACAUUCGACGCCUGGCGCUGGCCAAUGACAAGGCUAAAUAUGGGUAA